AGUUACAAAUAGAUUGACAGGUUUGAUUCCUAUCCGUUUCAGAGACUACUACUUGGAUGUUAAGCCGUUCUAAAUUGCCUUGCUAGGAACAUCCUGACACAUUGAAUGUCACUCUAUUCAUAGACCCAUACCCUUCUGACACCCUUCUCAGAAAAUUAUAGAGUGCGGGACAGGUGAACAAUGAAAGGACAGAUAACUGUAGUCGUUCAAUUUCUAAGGACGUUAACUGUACAAUAUUACCUUCUCAACGGAUUAUUUUAUUUUUAGUAUUUCACUUUAUAAUGGUGCAUAAAUUAUAUUUUUUAUUCGAUUUUUAUAUGGAACUAUAAUAAUCUUAAUCCUGUGUCGUAGUGAAAAAAAAUAUUUAAAUAAAAAUGAUUAAAAUUUAAUUCCAUUUCUUGUUACGUUACCGGUUCUGUAAGACGUUGAAGAAUGGCAACUAGACUAGUGUUAACACUAGGACUUCUGGCGUUCUUAGUGACCUCACAAUUAGUUACCACUGAUUCAACGAUAGAGUUAUCUCUGGCCAUGAGUACCAUCAGUGCCACUCCUAUAUCAAAUAGAUCAACAGAGGGGAACAGCCUAGACCUAACAGACAUGGUGUCUACAGUCACCUCUACAACAACAUUUAAGGAAUGGUCUGUUACAAAGACGUUAGAAAACGUAUCCUUAGAGGAACAUAACAGUGCCAUUACAAAUAAUUCUGCAGUGGAAACUAUACAUACUACUAGCCUAAAUGUAUCAGUAACUGCAACAAUUGGUCUGAACAGUGACACCAUUAAUGAAUCAUCUUCUCUACUUAACUUACAAGCAAGUCAAUCAAUGUUAGAGUUUUUCACUUUAAGCACCUUUGAUAGCUUAUUAGUUGGAAGUGAAAUACAAUCAACUGGCAUGAUGUUAAAACAGUCAACUGAAACAGCCACGAAAGAUACCACAGUUAUUAUUUCAACAGAAACUAUCAAUAGCAGGCCCAGUUCACUGUUUAAUGCUAUAAGCACAUUACCUGCACAUGAGACAGUGACGAAUGGAUACACAGCUAAGGAAACGGCCAUACCACCAAGUAGUACUUUUGUCAUUGAAACGUCGACAUUUAAGACAUUCCAAAAUAAAACAGAAUUAGGAAGUGAUGUGACACUGGUGCCAACAGUUAAUAAAACAGAGUUAGGAAGUGAUGUGACACUGGUGCCAACAGUUAAUAAAACAGAGUUAGGAAGUGAUGUGACACUGGUGCCAACAGUUAAUAAAACAGAGUUAGGAAGUGAUGUGACACUGGUGCCAACAGUUAAUAAAACAGAGUUAGGAAGUGAUGUGACACUGGUGCCAACAGUUACGUUGUAUGCAUCCAUACAGGAUACUAUAACAAUUAGCACGGAAGAAUUAAUAUUAGAAUCAAUUAUACAAACAGUAGGGAAACAGACAACAGCACUAAACAGUGAACUGAGCACUGAAUCCCCCGUAGCAUUCAACUAUAGUACAUCCUUUAUUACCUUAGGGUCUAAAUAUGAACAAUCGAUAUUGAUACAAAGCACAAACAUUCAAUCAGUCAAUCAAGAUAUAACAUUGAUUCCAAACCCAUCAACACAACAACAACAGUUGAUUCAAUCGGUCAAUCAAUUGCUAACACAACCAACAAAUGAUCAACAAUCGAUUUUGUCUAAUCAGGUAGUUGAACAACCAAUUACAAUUUCUGCAAUGCAAUCAACCGAUGAACAAAAUUCGUUUUCAAUAUAUGACUCAAUUAAUCAACCGAUAACAUUGUCACCAACACAAUCAACAGAUAAACAACAAAUGUUUUUGUCAUAUCAUUCAGUAAGUUAUCCAAUAACAAUAGGUCCAAUUCAAUCAACCUUUCAAAAACAAACAUCAUGGUUAUUAUCUGAGACAAUGGAUCAACAGAUACACUCGACUCUCACUCAAUCAAAAGAACCAAACCAAAAGUAUACCGAGCUGCCAACUAAGUCUGUAGAAACUUUAAUGACAAGUCUAAAAUCGAUGUUCUUGCAGGAAUCAUUAGAUCAUAACAUAUCAAUUCUAAAAUCUCAAUCUAUAGAUCAACAAAUAACAAUUCUUCCAUCUAACUCUUUAGAUCAAUCAAUGACAACUCUACAACCAUUUGACCAAUACAUUUCAGUUCUACCAUCUCAGUCUUUAGAUCAACAAGUAACAGUUCUACCAUCUCAGUCUUUAGGUCAACAAAUAUCAGUUCUACCAUCUCAGUCUUUAGAUCAACAAAUAUCAGUUCUACCAUCUCAGUCUUUAGAUCAACAAAUAUCAGUUCUACCAUCUCAGUCUUUAGAUCAACAAGUGCCAGUUCUACCAUCUCAGUCUUUAAGUCAACAAAUAUCAGUUCUACCAUCUCAGUCUUUAAAUCAACAAAUAUCAGUUCUACUAUCUCAGUCUUUAGGUCAACAAAUAUCAGUUCUACCAUCUAUGUCUUUAGAUCAACAAUUAACAGCUCUACUAUCUCAGUCUUUAGGUCAACAAAUAUCAGUUCUACCAUCUCAGUCUUUAGGUCCAGAAACAACAGUUCUAUCAUCUCAGUCUUUAGAUCAACAAAUAACAAUGUUACCAUCCCAGUCUUUAGAUCAACAAAUAUCAGUUCUACCAUCUCAGUCUUUAGAUCAAUUAAUAUCAGUUCUACCAUCUCAGUCAUUAGAUCAACAAAUAUCAGAUCUACCAUCUCAGUCUUUAGAUCAACAAAAAUCAGUUUUACCAUCUCAGUCUUUAGAUCAACAAAUAUCAGUUCUACCAUCUCAGUCUUUAGAUCAACUAAUAUCAGUUUUACCAUCUCAGUCUUUAGAUCAACUAAUAACAGUUCUACCAUCUCAGUCUUUAGAUCAACUAAUAUCAGUUCUACCAUCUCAGUCUUUAGAUCAACUAAUAUCAGUUCUACCAUCUCAGUCUUUAGAUCAACUAAUAUCAGUUCUAACAUCUCAGUCUUUAGAUCAACUAAUAUCAGUUCUACCAUCUCAGUCAUUAGAUCAACUAAUGACAGUUCUACCAUCUCAGUCUUUAGAUCAACUAAUAACAGUUCUACCAUCUCAGUCUUUAGGUCAACAGAUAUCAGUUCUACCAUCUCAGUCUUUAGGUCCAGAAACAACAGCUCUACCAACUCAGUCUUUAGAUCAACUUAUAUCAGUUUUACCAUCUCAAUCUUUAGAUCAACAAUUAACAAUCCUACCAUCUCAGUCUUUACAUCUACAAGUAUCUGUUUUAUCAUCUCACUCUUUAGAUCAACAAGUGUCAGUUCUACCAUCUCAGUCUUUAGGUCAACAAAUAUCAGUUCUACCAUCUCAGUAUUUAGGUCAACAAAUAUCAGUUCUACCAUCUCAGUCUUUAGAUCAACAAAUAUCAGUUCUACCAUCUCAGUCUUUAGGUCAACAAAUAUCAGUUCUACCAUCUCAGUCUUUAGAUCAACAAAUAUCAGUUCUACCGUCACAGUCUUUAGAUCAACUAAUAACAGUUCUACCAUCUCAGUCUUUAGGUCAACAGAUAUCAGUUCAACUAUCUCAUUCCUUAGGUCAACUAAUAUCAGUUCUACCAUCUCAGUCUUUAGAUCAACAAGUUUCAGUUUUACCAUCUCAGUCUUUAGAUCAACAAAUAUCAGUUCUACCAUCUCAGUCUUUAGAUCAACUAGUAACAGCUCUACCAUCUCAGUCUUUAGGUCAACAAAUAUCAGUUCUAUCAUCUCAGUCUUUAGGUCAACAAAUAUCAGUUCUACCAUCUCAGUCUUUAGAUCAACUAAUAACAGUUCUACCAUCUCAGUCUUUAAGUCAACAAAUAUCAGUUCUACCAUCUCAGUCUUUAGAUCAACAAAUAUCAGUUCUACUAUCUCAGUCUUUAGGUCAACAAAUAUCAGUUCUAUCAUCUCAGUCUUUAGGUCAACAAAUAUCAGUUCUACCAUCUCAGUCUUUAGAUCAACUAAUAACAGUUCUACCAUCUCAGUCUUUAGGUCAACAGAUAUCAGUUCAACUAUCUCAUUCCUUAGGUCAACAAAUAUCAGUUCUACCAUCUCAGUCUUUAGGUCAACAAAUAUCAGUUCUACCAUCUCAGUCUUUAGGUCCAGAAACAACAGCUCUACCAACUCAGUCUUUAGAUCAACUUAUAUCAGUUUUACCAUCUCAAUCUUUAGAUCAACUUAUAUCAGUUUUACCAUUUCAAUCUUUAGAUCAACAAUUAACAAUCCUACCAUCUCAAUCUUUACAUCUACAAGUAUCUGUUCUACCAUCUCAGUCUUUAGAUAAACAAAUAACAGUUCUACCAUCUCAGUCUUUACAUCUACAAGUAUCUGUUCUACCAUCUCAGUCUUUAGAUCAACAAAUAACAGUUCUACCAUCUCAGUCUUUAGGUCAACAAAUAUCAGUUCUACCAUCUCAGUCUUUAGAUCAACAAGUAACAAUUCUGCCAUCUCAGUCUUUAGAUCAACAAUUUACAAUCCUACCAUCUCAGUCUUUACAUCUACAAGUAUCUGUUCUACCAUCUCAGUCUUUAGAUCAACAAAUAACAGUUCUAUCAUCUCAGUCUUUACAUCUACAAGUAUCUGUUCUACCAUCUCAGUCUUUAGAUCAACAAGUAACAGUUCUACCAUCUCAGUCUUUACAUCUACAAGUAUCUGUUCUACCAUCUCAGUCUUUAGAUCAACAAUUUACAAUCCUACCAUCUCAGUCUUUACAUCUACAAGUAUCUGUUCUACCAUCUCAGUCUUUAGAUCAACAAAUAACAGUUCUACCAUCUCAGUCUUUACAUCUACAAGUAUCUGUUCUACCAUCCCAGUCUUUAGAUCAACUAAUAUCAGUUCUACCGUCUCAGUCUUUAGAUCAACUAAUAUCAGUUCUACCAUCUCAGUCUUUAGAUCAACUAAUAUCAGUUCUACCAUCUCAGUCUUUAGAUGAACUAAUAUCAGUUCUACCAUCUCAUUCUUUAGAUCAACUAAUAACAGUUUUACCAUCUCAGUCUUUAGAUCAACUAAUAUCAGUUUUACCAUCUCAGUCUUUAGAUCAACUAAUAUCAGUUUUACCAUCUCAGUCUUUAGGUCAACAGAUAUCAGUUCAACUAUCUCAUUCCUUAGGUCAACAAAUAUCAGUUCUACCAUCUCAGUCUUUACAUCUACAAGUAUCUGUUCUACCAUCUCAGUCUUUAGAUCAACAAGUAACAGUUCUAACAUCUCAGUCUUUAAGUCAACAAAUAUCAGUUCUACCAUCUCAGUCUUUAGGUCAACACAUAUCAGUUCUACCAUCUCAGUCUUUAGGUCCAGAAACAACAGUUCUAUCAUUUCAGUCUUUAGAUAAACUAAUAUCAGUUCUACCAUCUCAGUCUUUACAUCUACAAGUGUCAGUUCAACCAUCCCAGUCUUUAGAUCAAGAAAUAUCAGUUCUACCAUCUCAGUCUUUAGAUCAACUAAUAACAGUUCUACCAUCUCAGUCUUUAAGUCAACAAAUAUCAGUUCUACCAUCUCAGUCUUUAGAUCAACAAAUAUCAGUUCUACUAUCUCAGUCUUUAGGUCAACAAAUAUCAGUUCUACCAUCUCAGUCUUUAGAUCAACUAAUAACAGUUCUACCAUCUCAGUCUUUAGGUCAACAGAUAUCAGUUCAACUAUCUCAUUCCUUAGGUCAACAAAUAUCAGUUCUACCAUCUCAGUCUUUAGGUCAACAAAUAUCAGUUCUACCAUCUCAGUCUUUAGGUCCAGAAACAACAGCUCUACCAACUCAGUCUUUAGAUCAACUUAUAUCAGUUUUACCAUCUCAAUCUUUAGAUCAACUUAUAUCAGUUUUACCAUCUCAAUCUUUAGAUCAACAAUUAACAAUCCUACCAUCUCAAUCUUUACAUCUACAAGUAUCUGUUCUACCAUCUCAGUCUUUAGAUAAACAAAUAACAGUUCUACCAUCUCAGUCUUUACAUCUACAAGUAUCUGUUCUACCAUCUCAGUCUUUAGAUCAACAAAUAACAGUUCUACCAUCUCAGUCUUUAGGUCAACAAAUAUCAGUUCUACCAUCUCAGUCUUUAGAUCAACAAGUAACAAUUCUGCCAUCUCAGUCUUUAGAUCAACAAUUUACAAUCCUACCAUCUCAGUCUUUACAUCUACAAGUAUCUGUUCUACCAUCUCAGUCUUUAGAUCAACAAAUAACAGUUCUAUCAUCUCAGUCUUUACAUCUACAAGUAUCUGUUCUACCAUCUCAGUCUUUAGAUCAACAAGUAACAGUUCUACCAUCUCAGUCUUUACAUCUACAAGUAUCUGUUCUACCAUCUCAGUCUUUAGAUCAACAAUUUACAAUCCUACCAUCUCAGUCUUUACAUCUACAAGUAUCUGUUCUACCAUCUCAGUCUUUAGAUCAACAAAUAACAGUUCUACCAUCUCAGUCUUUACAUCUACAAGUAUCUGUUCUACCAUCUCAGUCUUUAGAUCAACAAGUAACAGUUCUAACAUCUCAGUCUUUAAGUCAACAAAUAUCAGUUCUACCAUCUCAGUCUUUAGGUCAACACAUAUCAGUUCUACCAUCUCAGUCUUUAGGUCCAGAAACAACAGUUCUAUCAUUUCAGUCUUUAGAUAAACUAAUAUCAGUUCUACCAUCUCAGUCUUUACAUCUACAAGUGUCAGUUCAACCAUCCCAGUCAUUAGAUCAAGAAAUAUCAGUUCUACCAUCUCAGUCUUUAGAUCAACUAAUAUCAGUUCUACCGUCUCAGUCUUUAGAUCAACUAAUAUCAGUUCUACCAUCUCAGUCUUUAGAUCAACUAAUAUCAGUUCUACCAUCUCAGUCUUUAGAUGAACUAAUAUCAGUUCUACCAUCUCAUUCUUUAGAUCAACUAAUAACAGUUUUACCAUCUCAGUCUUUAGAUCAACUAAUAUCAGUUUUACCAUCUCAGUCUUUAGAUCAACUAAUAUCAGUUUUACCAUCUCAGUCUUUAGGUCAACAGAUAUCAGUUCAACUAUCUCAUUCCUUAGGUCAACAAAUAUCAGUUCUACCAUCUCAGUCUUUAGGUCAACACAUAUCAGUUCUACCAUCUCAGUCUUUAGGUCCAGAAACAACAGUUCUAUCAUCUCAGUCUUUAGAUAAACUAAUAUCAGUUCUACCAUCUCAGUCUUUACAUCUACAAGUGUCAGUUCAACCAUCCCAGUCUUUAGAUCAAGAAAUAUCAGUUCUACCAUCUCAGUCUUUAGAUCAACUAAUAACAGUUCUACCAUCUCAGUCUUUAAGUCAACAAAUAUCAGUUCUACCAUCUCAGUCUUUAGAUCAACAAAUAUCAGUUCUACUAUCUCAGUCUUUAGGUCAACAAAUAUCAGUUCUACCAUCUCAGUCUUUAGAUCAACUAAUAACAGUUCUACCAUCUCAGUCUUUAGGUCAACAGAUAUCAGUUCAACUAUCUCAUUCCUUAGGUCAACAAAUAUCAGUUCUACCAUCUCAGUCUUUACAUCUACAAGUAUCUGUUUUAUCAUCUCAGUCUUUAGAUCAACAAGUAACAGUUCUACCAUCUCAGUCUUUGGGUCAAGAAACAAUAUUUCUAUUAUCACAGUCUUUAGAUCAACAAAUAUCAGUUCUACCAUCUCAGUCUUUAAGUCAACAAAUAUCAGUUCUACCAUCUCAGUCUUUAGAUCAACUAAUAUCAGUUCUACUAUCUCAGUCUUUAGGUCAAGAAACAAUAUUUCUACCAUCUCAGUCUUUAGAUCAACUAAUAUCAGUUCUACCAUCUCAGUCUUUGGGUCAAGAAACAAUAUUUCUAUCAUCUCAGUCUUUAGAUCAACUAAUAUCAGUUCUGCCAUCUCAGUCUUUAGAUCUACAAAUAUCAGUUCUAUCAUCUCAGUCUUUAGAUCAACUAAUAUCAGUUCUACCAUCUCAGUCUUUAGAUCAAGAAACAAUAUUUCUACCAUCUCAGUCUUUAGAUCAACUAAUAUCAGUUCUACCAUCUCAGUCUUUGGGUCAAGAAACAAUAUUUCUAUCAUCUCAGUCUUUAGAUCAACUAAUAUCAGUUCUGCCAUCUCAGUCUUUAGAUCUACAAAUAUCAGUUCUUUCACCUCAGUCUUUAGAUCAACGAACAACACCUUUAUCAAUUGAAUCACUGUUUUCUUCAGAAUAUUCUAUAAGUACUUUAAUAGAUAUGCAAUCAUCUUUGAUACACCUUCAAUCAUUACAAGAAAUUAUAUUUUUAAUGAACUUUAAAUCAUCAGAUGGAACGGAAUCAUUAGAAAACCUACGAUCAUUUUCAACAGAUCUGCGAUCAAUACAUUAUUCGCCAUCCUUAAUAAGCCAGCAAUUAUCGCAAGCAAUGACAACUUUGAUAGAGGCGCAAUCAUUCCAAUCAAUAACAUCAUCAUUACAAGCAAUGUCAUCUUUAGCAAGUCUAAAAUCAUCAUACGCACUGACAUCUACAGUCGGUAUAAAAUCUGUACAUGUUGUAUUAUCUUCAAUAGACUUGCAAUCAUUCCCAGCAAUUAUGUCGUCAGUUGGCACCAAUUCAUUACUGACUCUAGAGUCUUUAAUAGAAAUGCAAACAUCACAAGCUAUGACAUCUAAAAUCGAUCUGAAUUUAUCACAAACAACAACUGAUUUAAUAUACCUGACAUCAUUACAAACACAGACAUCUUUAAUAGACCUUCAAUCAUCACAAGAACUGAGUACUUUAAAAGAACAAGCAAAGACAUCGUUUAUUGACUAUCAAUCGUUACAAAGAAUAACAUCUUCAUUACCAUCGCACUCUUUACAACCAAUGACAUUUUUAUCUGACCUGCAAUCUUCACAAGCAAUGACAUCUUCUAUUGACUAUCAAUCUUCACAAGCAACAACAACUUCAAUAGAAUCGAUUUCUUUAAAACCAAUAACAUCUUUAUCCUACCUGCAAUCUUCACAAGCAAUGACAUCUUUUAUUGACUAUCAAUCGCCACUAGCAAUAACAUCUUCAAUAGAAUUACACUCUUUACAACCAGUGGCAUCAAUAUCUGACCUGCAGUUGUCUCAAGCAAUGAUAUCUUCUAUUGACUAUCAAUCGUCACAAUCAAUAACAUCUUCAAUAGUAUUGCCCUCUUUACAACUAAUGACAUUUUUAUCUGACCUGCAAUCUUCACAAGCAAUGACAUCUUUUAUUGACCAUCAAUCGUCACAAGCAAUAACAUCUUCAAUAGCAUUGCAAUCUUUACAAGCAAUAACAUCUUUUUGUGACCUGCAAUCUUCACAAGCAUUGACAUCUUCUAUUGACUAUCAAUCGUCACAAGCAAUAACAUCUUCAAUAGAAUUGCAAUCUUUACAACCAAUGACAUCUUUAUCUGGACUCCAAUCUUCAAAAGCAAUGACAUCUUUUAUUGACCAUCAAUCGUCACAAGCAAUAACAUCUUUAUGUGACCUGCAAUCUUCACAAGCAUUGACAUCUUCUAUUGACUAUCAAUCGUCACAAGAAAUAACAUCUUCAAUAGAAUUGCAAUCUUUACAACCAAUGACAUUUUUAUCUGGACUCCAAUCUUCACAAGCAAUGACAUCUUUUAUUGACCAUCAAUCUUCACAAGCAAUAACAUCUUCAAUAGCAUUGCAAUCUUCACAAACAAUAACAUCUUUAUGUGACCUGCAAUCUUCACAAGCAUUGACAUCUUCUAUUGACUAUCAAACGUCACAGCUAAUUACAUCUUCAAUAAAUAAUCAAUUUACAAAAUUAAUUACAUCUUUAAUAGGUCUGCAAUCCUCACAAUCAAUGACAUCUGUAAAUGACAUGAUGUCUUCACAAGUAAUGACAUCUAUAACAGAUAUGCAAUCAUCACAAGAAAUAGACUUGCAAUCCUUACAUGACAUGACAACUUUAAUAUCCGUGCAAACUUUAGAAACAAUACUAUUUUCAAAAGAAUUGCAAUCUUUAGAGGCCAUAACAUCUUCAAUAAAUAAACAAUCUUUAGAGGCAAUAACAUCUUCAAUAAAUAAACAAUCUUUAGAGGCAAUAACAUCUUCAAUAAAUAAGCAAUCUUCACAGGCAAUGACAUCUUUAACAGACCUGCAAUCAUCAAUAUUUAUGGCAUUUUUAACGAGUCUGGAAUCUUCACAAGGAAUGACAUCUUUAAACGAUCUGCAAUCUUCACAAGCAAUGACGUCUUUUAUUGACCAUCAAUCUUCACUUGCAAUGACAUCUUUAAUAGGUCUGCAAUCUUCACAAGAAAUAUCAUCUUUUAUCGACGUGCAAUCUUUACAACCAAUGACAUCAUUAAUAAAUCAGCCAUCUACACAACUAAUGACAUCUUUAAUAAACGUACAAUCGUCAAAACCAAUGACAUCUUUAAUAGAUCAACAAUUUUCACAAUCAGAAACAUCUUCAAUAAACACGAAAUCAUCAAAAGAGUUGACAUCUUCAAUAGAUCUUCCAUCCUUACAAGAAAUAACAUCUUUAAUAGACGUACACUCGUCAAAAAUAACAACAUUUUCAAAAGAGUUUCAAUCUUUACAGCCAAUGAUUUCUUCAAUAAGUCAGCAAUCUACGCAAGCAAUAACAUCUUUAAUAGGUCUGCAAUCAUCACAAGCAAUGACAUUAGACUUGCAAUCUUUAGAAGCAAUGACAUCAUCAAUAAACCUUCAAUUGUCACAAACAAUGAUAUCUUUAAUAGACCUGCAAUCUUCACAAGAAAUAUCAUCAUUUGUAAAUCAACAAUCAACACAAGCCUCAUUUUUGCCGACUCCCUUGAUUUCUUCAGAUGUUCUGCUACCUUUACAGACUUCUUUAAUGUUUGUCUCAUCCCUAGAUUCAACAAGUAUAUCUGUAGCAUCAUUAGGCCACUACACAUCUUUAGCAGCAACGUCUUUAAUAACGCAGUCAACAACUCAAGUUUCUACUUUGAUAUUUUUAUCAUCAACUGCAACAACCAACCAUCUUACUACCGCAUCAAUCACUCAGCCCACUACUGCAUCAACUUCAGAUACAACCAGUGCACCAGCCACCCAACCAAAUACCGCAUCCACCACUCAGCCCACUACUUCACCAACUUCAGAUACAACCAGUGCACCAACCACCCAACUAACUACCGCAUUAACCACUCAGCCCACAACUGCAUCAACUUUAAAUACAACCAGUGCACCAACCACCCAACCAACUACCGCAUCAACCACUCAGCCCACUAAUGCAUCAACUUCAGAUACAACCAGUGCACCAACCACCCAACCAACUACCCCAUCAACCACUCAGCCCACUACUGCAUCAACUUCAGAUACAACCAGUGCACCAACCACUCAAUCAACUACCGCAACAACCACUCAGCCCACUACUGCAUCAACCUCAGAUACAACCAGUGCACCAACCACCCAACCAACAUUUAUUACGACAACUCAGUCAACAACACAAACUUCAUCACAGCAAACAACAUCCACUUCUGCUAAAUUAACAACCCAGUCAGCAGCCACACUAUCAACAACCCAGUUAUCUACGACAAUAAUAACUUCGACCACUGAAGUCAUUACCUCGGAGCUUUAUUCGUAUGGUGACUCUGCAUUGGAUGACUUUUUGACUGCUGCUGGCUGGAACACGUACAGUAAGACCAUAUAUUUCAGCACUGGAAUUCCUUUUGGAUCUAAAUCUCAUCAAUAUCUGCAUAUUAUGUUCAAUGGCGCCAUCACUUUUGGUGAACCUCGAAACGCCUUUUACCCUGACCUGGCCUCGUCGUAUUCCAGAGGUCAAAACAUCUUCGCCCCGUUUUGGACAUACAUGGAUCCGUUAGAUGGCAGCCAGAAAGUGUUUUACCAUCUGUAUGAACGCACGAGAACUUCAGGAGCAUCGUCAAGUGUAGAGAGCGUUCUGAAUAGAGCAACUUUAGAUGUAAGGAAUUAUUACAACUUAGCGAACAAGGACAUUUUUAACGCUACUACUGUUCUGGUUGUCACAUGGGACAAGUUAAAACCAUACUCUUGGUACUCGGGAUGUUCUUCUGUUAAUUUUUGCCCAGUUCAAAAAGAAGAGAAUACAUUUCAAGUGGUCUAUGCUACUGAUGGCGUCAAGGCCUACGCUAUUACUUUCUACAAAUAUGGCGGCAUGACAUGGCAGUAUGUAGCCAAUCGCAGGAUAGCAGUCGGCUUUGCUCACCAAGAAGGUUACACUGACCUUGGAGUGACCUACACAUCGCUGACGACCUAUCUGGAUAAAAAUAACGGAACUGCUGGAAAACGUGGGAUAUACAUUUAUAAAGUGGGUGAAGUCGAGACCUCAGAACAAAAAUGUUUCCAGUUUUACCAGCAGAAUCUCUGGCAGACUCAAAGCCUGAAGUUCAGAAAUGACAUGCAGGCGUUGUUUCGGUGCCCAUGUACUAGAAGCCGAUUGGGAUCACAGUGGUGGUUUGUUGAGUCACGUGGUGUCCAUGGGAACAUUGACUGCUAUGCCAUCAGUCCAGUUCACAUGAGAAUCAGACUUCCUGGGAAUACGUUAAAUAAACUUUGUUGCUACAUCCAUUAUAUGUAUUGGUGGUCUGACUGGACUAGCUGGUGGAACGCUCCGUACUUGAGUGGCAGUCCUGAAUCUGGUCAUAUUUUAACUAGAGAUCCUUUCUAUGACCAACGCAAGUCUGUCGAGGAAGAUAUCCGACCGAAAACCUGGUGCUGUGAAGAAUCAACCUGGGCUUAUUGUGACCUCUUUAACCAGGUCAGACCAGACUUAGGCUGUUCUCCAGUUAAUGACUUUGUUACAGCCUCGACUUGGGGAGACCCUCACAUCACAACGCUGGAUGCUCGAGAGUACACGAUGAACGGCUGGGGGGAAUACAUUUUGAUAGAGGGAAAUAACUUCACACUUCAGGGAAGAACAGACCGUGUUCAAACAGUGAAUGGAACACUAACGAACGCCACUGUUUUUGUUGCUUUUGCGGCACGCGACCUUGACAAAGCUCGAUUCCAAGUGGAACUCUCCAGUGAGAAUAUUAGCAUGGUCGUCCAUGCUGACGGCGCCGACAUCACCCAAGAGUUUUAUUCGACCGAACGUUUUCAAAAAGCCCUGGCCAACUUUACAGUACAAAGAGAGGCAGACCAAAACAAAACUGUUCUUGUGGCCAGCUUUGUCUCUGGAAUAAGUUUAAAAGUUUAUGUUGGCAUAAAAAAUUUGGAACUAACUGUCGAAGCUGGUGAAGACUUCCGUGGUCAAAUGAAAGGAUUACUCGGAAACUUCAAUGGGAAUUCAUCGGACGACUUUGAGUUGCCAGAUGGCACAUUACUCUCAACAAGUGAAAGUGACACAGACAGAAAAAUAUUUCAAAACUUUGGUUCGAAAUGGGAAGUACAUGCCAACAACAGUAUUUUCAAAUACGCUCAAGGUGAAGGCUCACGCGAUUACCGCCAUGCAGACUUUGUUCCGAUUUUUUUGGAUGAAGUUGAUAACACGACAAAAGAAGCUGCGUACCGUUACUGUGGAGCAGACGACAUUGCAUGUGUUUUUGACUACGUGGCAACAGGAGAUGUUACAUUUGCAGAGAAUACAAAACUUACAGCAGACGUCUCGCGAAACGAACGCAAGGCACGAGCUAAUACAUUACCGACAAUCAACAUCACACAAAGUCUGAGAAAUGCCAGCCAUUGGAAGGUUUAUGUAGGUAUCGUAGCCAUUUUGACAAUCAUAACGGAAGACCCUGAUAAUGAUACGAUAAGCUGCAAGUUAAUCAAUGACAAUGGACAUGUUCAACUGAAUUCUAGCAGCGGCAUUAUUCAGUACUCUCCCAGCAGCGAGGACCCUGUUAUUAUUCAAGUUCAAGCAAUCGACCAAUUUAACGGAACUUCACUAAUUUAUACUAUUCCCGUUGCUGUGUGUCCAAACUGCAGUGGACAUGGAGAGUGCAAUAAUCAAACAGUCCUAGAGUCUAAGUCGACAACAAACUUUGUGGUUUAUCAGUGCAUAUGCAAACCUGCUUAUACAGGUGUGUUCUGCGAUCAGAACUACGAUGCCUGUAAGGACAGACCUUGUGCGGAUCAACAGAAUUGUACAGACCUGACACCUGAACAGCAAGGAGAUAGCCAUAUUGGUUAUAGGUGUGGGGACUGUCCAGUUGGAUACAAGUUAAGAAAUAUUAGUGGACAUCCAGUCUGUAUUGAUAUCAAUGAGUGCAAUGGAACCAAAGUUUGCGAUCAGAUUUGUACAAACACAGAAGGUUCCUAUGUGUGUAGCUGUCAAGAUGGAUACCGCUUGAGGGAAUCAAAAUCAUGCAUCGAUAUCGAUGAAUGUGCCGAGUCUCUACACAACUGCACACAUGAUUGUGAAAACAAUCCUGGUAGUUUCCAAUGCAAAUGUUUCUUUGGCAUGGAUGAAAAUUGCAGUUUAGGUGCAGCAGAUCAGGAAAUAUGCUCUAGAUCAGGCUGCAGUCAUCUAUGUCACGUGGUUAACGGUGCUGCUGUGUGUAUGUGUCGCUCUGGUUAUGUAUUGAAGGAUGACAACAAAUCUUGUGAAAAUAUCAAUGAAUGUGAAGAUUGGAAAAACUAUUGCAGUCAGAUUUGCAUUGAUACUUCUGGAGGCUAUACAUGUUCUUGUCAUCCUGGAUAUAAACUAGCAGUAGAUAAGACCAGCUGUGAAGACUGUGAACCAUCUUUUUGGGGUCUGAACUGUGCCAAUCAGUGUCAGUGCAGCGGCCAUGGAACCUGCCAUCAUAUACGAGGUUGCGAGUGUUACCCGGGCUGGCAAGGUGUUGAUUGCAACGAAGAUGUUGACGAGUGUGUCAGAAACCUUCACAACUGUUCUGUCCAAGAAGUAUGUCAGAAUACAAGACCUGGAUUCAUCUGCAAUUGUCAACCUGGUUAUCAAAAAAACAAUUCUGUCUGUUCAGACAUAAAUGAAUGCUCAGAUAUCUUAAGUAAUAAUUGUAACACUACACAUGAAACAUGUGAAAACAACUUGGGCAGUUAUGAAUGUAUUUGUAGCAAUGGAUAUACCAGAAAUAUAAGUACUGGACAAUGUGAAGACUUCAAUGAAUGUACUGGACAACACAAGUGUGAGCACGUCUGUGUCAAUACAAUAGGAUCUUAUUUUUGUCAAUGUUUUCGUGGAUACGAACUGCAACCGAACAGAUCGAGCUGUACACUAAAGAAACAACUGUGCGUCGACUCCAACCCAUUCAACUGUAGUCAUGUAUGCACAUUGGAUGAUAUUACAAAUAAACCUAUUUGUCUUUGUAGAGCAGGGUUUGAGUUACAAAAUGACAAUAGAUCUUGUCAAGAUAUUGAUGAGUGUGAAAGAAAUGUGUGUAUCAGUAAAGAUUACUGUGAAAAUAAAACACCUGGCUAUCAAUGCAAAUGUCCUGUGGGCUCACGGCUAGACAAUGACGGACGAUCGUGUAUCAAUUGCUCGUCUGGUUCUUGGGGUGUUAACUGUAACAUGAGCUGUGCUUGUUCGACUGGAGCUGCUCAUUGCGAUCCAAUAGAUGGUUGCAAAUGUAAACCUGGAUAUAACGGAUUACGUUGUGAAGUGGAUAUUGACCGAUGUACAAUACUUCAAUGUGAACAACAAGAGGACCAGAUGUGUGUCAAAAGACCAGGUCCAGACGUCUGUGAAUGCAAACCUGGAUACAACAUUACUAGCGGAAAAUGUGAAGAUAUUGAUGAAUGCUCCAGUGGCGUAUGCCCACAAAACUGUACUAAUAGCAAGGGAAACUACACAUGCACAUGCUAUGCAGGAUUUAGGCCAGGAGAUUCUGAUAGAGAAUGCUUAGACAUCGACGAGUGUGAACUGAAACUUCAUAAUUGUGCUGACAUUUGCAUCAACACUAUAGGAAACUUUAAAUGUCAAUGUCAAAAUGAUUAUAUACUUCAAAGUGACGGACACUCGUGUCAAGCCAUCAUGCUCAAGAAUGUCUCCAUCAGAAUUAAUUACACCGCCACAAAAGUCAAUUUGUCUGAUCAAAGUUCUGAAAGUUAUAUGAAACUGAAAAGUCAACUAGAAGCUACAAUCAAAAGAAUCAUGAAGGAUAAAAUAAAAGAUCUCUAUUCUGUUGAAAUAUUUUAUAUGAACAAACUAGAGUCACCUGAUUCAAAGAGCUUAGCCAAGAGGGUUACAAAUUUCUACCACUGGUUGGACUCCACUAUUUCAGGGAGUAUUGUAGUCAACUAUACUAUAAAGAUAGACAACAGAAAUACUAGUGAGUACGUGAAUGCAAUAGUUGCUGCCUUGAAAUAUUUAUCAAACCACACAGACUUUAAAAUAGACGAUACUAAAGUCAACCUGACCACAAUUACUAUUGAAGGAAAAGAGUUUUCUGUUAAUGCCACACUUUGUGAAAUUUUUGAGAAGCUGAAUCAAUGCCCAUGUGAUCUCACGCAUGACAGGGCUUACUGCGUUACCACGGACGGCUCAGAAAAACUUCUACUUGGCCUAGCCAUUGGUAUCCCAUUGUUUGUAUUACUUGUCCUCACUGUAGUGGCGGCACUCAUUAUUUGGAGAAGACGAAAGGCUGUUUUAAUGAAAACCUCUUUUGAUGAAGGUCUUGCUAGUAGUAUUUUCGCUAAGUCAGUAGUGACACAUGGUUCAUGGGCUAAGCCUGACAUGCACAAGUUAGCAUAUGACAGCAUGUCGUGGUCAUCUAGCGACAGUGGCAGUUACAAACAGACGGCUCAGAAGAAAUCAGACAAAACAGAUGCAAACGUUGUACAAGAAAGAGGUAAUUUUUCUUGGGACUUUGUUUAUAAAGCUUUGGAAACAGGAGAGGAUUUUAAAAUUCAAAGACCAAAGUUAACUCCUGGUUACACAACCAAACUUUGAAGCUUUUCUUCUUGUUGAAUGAGAAACAAAUCAGUAUGCUGGAUAUAUUUGUCAUAUGUAUGUAUAUAUAUAUAUAUAUAAUUUAUAUUAGAUACUAUAUUAUAUAUGUUCUUCUGUCAAAAUGCUGGUCAUGUAAAAAAACACAUAUACAUAUUAAGAUAUAUAUUAAUUGAUAAAAAUAUCUUUUGUUAUGAUGUCAAUACUUAUUUCUACGAUAUAUUGAAUUUGAAAAGUAAUUUUAAAAUGAAUGGUUCACAUUUAUAAAUUAAAAUUUAAAAUCAAUUCUGAAGAGCUAUGUUAAGAUUUCGCAAAAAAAAAAAAAGAAAAUUAAUUAUUGUUCAAUUUAAUCAGAAAUAUUAACAGGAAAAAUAACAAUUUAGAAAAAAAUAAAAUUAUAAUAUUUUCAACAUAAUUUAAAAUAUUAAACUCAAAACAAAGAGCAAAAUGAAAAUGGUUGAUUUCAUUAUUUUAUGAAUUGUUAAUUGUUUUGAAUGCAUGCAGUUGCCGGAUUUUAGUAAGUUAAGGUCCUGGGCCAAAUUUUUGAGAAAGCCAAUACUUUAAGCUUGAAUACAAAUACCAAAUACUAUUAGUAAAUUUAAAUCCUUUCAUAUUUGCAGAUUAAAACUAGAUAUUUUCUAAAAUUGAUGCCAUUUCCAUUAUUUUCUUUUAUUUUAAUAAGUAUAUUUUGUUUGAACAAUAAUAAAAAAACUUUUGGGAUGUGGAGGCCUGAGUUAAAGG